AUGGAAGUGAUGAAAGUAAUAACAGCCCGCUUGCCCGGCGUACUUCAGUACAUAACUUUGGCGAUACUGAUCAGGGAGACGGGCAACGCGCUGUCCUCGGAGAACCUGCAGAUGCCCAACUUUUUGCAGGAACUUCCGUCGAACAUAAUAUUCAGCAAUGAUACGGGAAGCUCGCAGCUCGUCUGCCAGGCAUAUGGCGGCCCGCAGAUGAUCAUCCAGUGGAUACUGAAGGACGGCAGCCUGGUGAGCAGCGUGCCGGGGCUGCGCCAAACCCUGCCGAACGGAACGCUGUACUUUCCGCCCUUCGCUGGGCACCUCUUCCGGACGGACGUGCACGAUACGACGUACCGGUGCCGGAUCAGCUACUCCUACUACGUCCUGCUCAGCCACGACAUCCGGGUGCGAGCAGUUGUCCGCCAACCGUACGAGGUGAAGGUGGAGAACGUGGAUGUGGCGCUCGGCAACACGGCGUUCCUCAAGUGCUUCAUCUCGCCGCACGUGCGGGAAUUCGUCCAUGUGUCGUCCUGGUUCAGCGAGAAGGAAAUGCUUCUUCCGGGAAGAUCCGACAUCGGCACCCGCUACGUCGUCACAACGCCCGGCGGAGAACUGUGCAUACGGAACGUCAACGAGGAGGACAGAUUGAAGCGGUUCUCGUGCGUGGCGGUGGACACCCUGACCGGGCAGCGCAAAACAAGCGACGCCAUUUUGCUCGCCUUGAAAGACAACGCUCCGAAUAUGGCGCCGUCCACAAGUCAGAAGUCGGUAAGCGAACUCUCCACCGGCAAGGGCACCAGCGUGCAGUUGCCGUGCAACGUCCAGGGAAAUCCCGUGCCCAGCUUCUCCUGGUUUCGAAUAUCUGACACCGGCUCGUUAUAUACCGUGCCGUCCUCGCAGCGCAUCGUGCCAUCGCAGUCAUUGCUAUUCAUACGAAACGCCGACGAACGGGACGCCGGAAGAUGGAUAUGCAAGGCAUUCAAUCAGUUCGGCGAACAGAAGCUGGAAAUCCAUCUCACCGUCAGCAACGAGCUGAUGGCACACAUCCAUCCACAAGUUCAGAUCAUCAACUCGGGCAGCUCCGCCCUGCUCAACUGCACCAUCUUCGGCAGCGAGGUGAACAAGAUCGAUUGGUUCCACAACGGGCAGGAACUGUUUGUCAACGGGCGCAGCGAGCGCAGUAUGAGCUUACUGUCGGCGAACACACUCAAAAUUGAUAGGGUAAGCAAAAAGGAUCAAGGAAUUUAUCAGUGCAUCGUGUCGAAUGCACGCAGCAGCGCUCAGGGUGCCUCGGAAUUGCGGCUUGGAGAGAGCCCGCCGGAGAUAAGCUACGGGUUCGUCGAACAGAACGUGCGCACGGCGGCCUACAUUUCGCUCAAGUGCUCGGCGGCCGGCUCCCCGCCACCGCAGUUCGUGUGGCUGCUCGACUAUCAGCCGAUCCUGGACGUGUCGUCCCUUCACCGUUACACGAUGGACCAGUUCCUGGACAUCAACAAUCACGUAACGACGCACCUCAACAUCAGCCACGUGCACAGCGACGACGGUGGCCUCUACACCUGUGCCGCGGCCAACAGUAUGGGUUCGGCGGCCCACAAGGCGCGGCUCAACGUUUACGGACCACCGUACGUGCGCGCCAUCGGACCCAUCACGGCGGUGGCCGGGGAGCCCAUCGAGCUGCACUGCGCCUUCUCCGGCUACCCCAUCCAGGCGGUCCGCUGGAUUCGGGGCGGAAAUGAACUGGUUUCCGGCACGCGGUACAGUCUGGCCGACGUGAAGCACGGGGGAUAUUUGAAAAUUUAUACCGUCGACCCGGCCCAGGACCGGGGACCGUACACGUGCAUCGUGACGGGACCGAACGGGGACGAAGCACGUCGGGAGCUGCAAUUAGUGGUGCACAGUCCACCCGUUAUAGAGCCGUUUUCGUUUCCGAAAACGAUGAAGGUCGGCGGCCGCGCUCAGCUGACGUGCUCGGUGUCGGCCGGUGAUAUGCCGAUCAACUUCAGCUGGAAGAAGGACGGCACUACGAUCGCUUCGAAUCUGCAAGUUAGCGAGAAGAAGGAAGAGUUCUUUUCGCUGCUCGUGCUGAAGGACAUUACGGCGCGGCACAGUGGCCGGUACACGUGCUUCGCCGCCAACACGGCCGCCCAGACGAACUAUACGGCCGAGCUGCUCGUACAGGUUCCCCCUGCCUGGACCCACGAGCCCCACGACAUCGCCGUGGUCCUCGGGCAUCCGAUCGCCCUUCCGUGCGAGGCUGACGGGUUCCCGCAGCCCAAGAUCACUUGGUUCCGCGGUAAGGGCAAGGUGUCGACUGACUUCCACUCCAUCUCGUCGAAGAACAACUCCCUGAGCAUCAACUAUGCCACGUCGCCGGAUGCGGGCUACUAUAUGUGCGAGGCGGCCAACGGGAUCGGGAGCAGCCUGAAGAAAAUCAUCCACAUCGACGUGAACGAGGCCGUGCACUUUGAGGCGCCGGUGAAGAACGUGUCCGCCCGCCGGAACGACGCCGUCAUGCUCGAGUGUUUGGCGCUCGGCGACGAGCCAAUCAACAUCAUCUGGACGCACAAGAGCCAGCGGAUCGAUUUCAACAACUACCGGUACAACAUUAUCGAGAUGAAGGAGAGCGCCGGUGUGCGAUCGCAGCUGUCGAUUAGUCUGACGGAGCGGUACGACUCCGGCAAGUACGUCUGCACGGCCGAGAACCUGUACGGGGCGAGCGAGCACGUUAUCUACCUGGCGGUGCAGGAGCGCCCCGACGCCCCGUCCGACCUGGAACUGAUGGAGGUCACGAGCCGGAGCGUGCGGCUGUCGUGGAAGCGGCCGUACGACGGCAUGUCCCCGGUGCUGAGCUACCUCGUGCAGUACCAGUCGGUCAAGCUGGGCAAGGACCCCGCCGUCGACGGUGCGCUGCCGGAUGUGGCGUCCUGGGAGAGUCCGCUGACGGUGAAUGUCACCUUUUCGAAGGUGAACAUGAUCAAAAGCAUCGAUGGUGGCGUGCGCGAUGAGACCAGUCUCGGGGGUCUGCUGCCGGCCACCCAGUACCUGCUGCGCAUGCUGGCCAUUAACGAAAUUGAGUGCUCCACGUUCACGAGCCCGCUGGUGGUGCGAACGCAGGAGGAGGCACCGAGCGAGGCGCCCGGCGGGCUGAAAGUCAAGACCGGCGCCAUGGGGGAGCUCGUCCUGACCUGGCAGAUCCCGAACCGGGCCUCCUGGAACGGCGAGCUGCUCGGCUACACGGUCAGCUGCGUGGAGGAGAAGACGAACAUCAACUUUAUCGCGAGCCCCGGCAACAUCUCCAACACGACCGUCACGGUGCACGGGUGGGCCACGACCAAGACGCUGCUGGCCCGGCUCAAGAAGUUCACGCGGUACGCACUCCGGAUCCGCACCUACAACGGCAUCGCGCCCGGACCGUGGAGCGGCGUCGUGUAUGGUACGACGCUCGAGGACGCCCCGGAAGCCGAACCGCAGAACGUGUCCUGUGCCAGUCUGUCCUCGCAGAGCAUCAAGGUGCAGUGGCAGGAGCCACCGCCCCAGUUUCACAACGGGGUGCUCCAGGGCUACAAAAUCCUCUACCGGCCGCUGACGAAAAACAACGAAUUUGUGUACCCCGUCGAGAUCAAGCGCACCUCGAAUUUGGAGACCUAUCUGCACGCGCUGAUGAAGGCCACCAACUACUCGAUCCAGGUGCUGAGCUUCACCCUGUCCGGCGACGGUGUCGCCAGUGUUCCGGUCUACUGUGCGACCGAAGAGGACGUACCGGAAGCGCCGGCCGGAAUCAAGGCCCUUACGUUGACGGCGGAUUCGAUACUGGUGUCGUGGCUGCCGCCGGUACAUCCGAACGGACUCAUCACUCACUACACCGUCUACGGGAAGGAUCACGGCAAGAAGGGAUCAGCGAAACAUAACAUCGUGCGCGUCGACGAAACCGGCCGUCCGUCGAUGUUCGAGGUGCGGAGCUUGAGCGAAAACAACAAGUACGACUUUUGGGUGACGGCCUCGACCGCCAAGGGCGAGGGUGAUCCGACGCAGGUCGUCUCGCAGACCACGAACCCGCGCCCGCCGGCCAAAAUAGCGUCCUUCUCGAGGCUCCUCAAGGUGCCGGUUGGCAUCAGCCUGGUGCUGGAGUGCGUUGCCGUCGGCAACCCGACACCGCGGACACGCUGGCUGACCAAGGACCAGGCGGUUACCUUCAGCCAGUACUACGUCAUCUCGCAGGGCUUCCUGAAGAUACAUAGUGUCGAGCCGCAGAUUGCCGGUAACUUCACCUGCUCGGCCAAGAACCUGUUCGGCGAAGACGAGAUACACUACACGCUGAUUGCGCUGCAGACACCGAACGUGACGCAGCUCUCGAUCCAGUACACGUCGUUCGACAGUCUGCGCGUGACCUGGGAGGUGGCCAGCGACGGGGGCGCUCCCAUACAGGGCUACAAUCUGUACUACCGCACCACCAGCGGCACGUGGUCGAGCUCUGCCAUAGCGAACGAUCAGAUGGCCUACACGCUGAACGGGCUCAAGUGCGGCACGCAGUACAUUUUGAAGAUCAACGCCCACAACAAGGUCGGUGUCGGAAUGUUCACCGAAGAGCUGGCCGUGCGAACCAAGGGAAAAGCACCACACAUACCCGAAGAACGAGAAUUGUUCAACACAAACUCAACUUGCUUGAACCUGUUCCUCACUUCCUGGCUAAACGGUGGAUGCCCCAUAUCGCACUUUUCCAUCGAGUACCGCAGACUACACACGCCCUUCUGGACGAUCGUUUCGUCCGAUCUCUCCGGAACGGAUCAGCACACCAACGGGAGCAUCUCCUUUUGCGAUUUCGUUCCGGCCACCUGGUACGAGCUAAAGAUCACCUCCAAUAAUGAUGCAGGAAAAACGAUGGCACAGUACAACUUUGCCACACUAACCCAGACGGGUGAACGGGUUCCUCCUCCGGAGUACAAGGCGAUGGAAGACGAAAGCAACGACACGGAUCUGUUGCAGCAAGAAGAGUUCCAGUGGCUUCAGUCAACCAUUAUGAUCGUAACCAUCAUCAUCGUUGUGCUAUGCAUGGUCAUCGUGGCAAAGUAUCGAGGCAUAUUGUGCUUCACGAGUGCUGGUGAUCGUUACAGUACGCAAACGCUAUCGGCAGAUCUUAGCUUGAAGGAGCAAUCCGAAAACAUACGCAAUCAACAGGUCUACAGCGCCUCACCGGUCAAGGUGAUCAAUAACAAAGACGAAAACGCGGAGAUGUACGAAAUAUCUCCGUACGCCACGUUCAACGCUAGCACGGGCCGACUGUGCAAGGAACCGAGAAGCCUAAAUCCAUCGAACAUAGACUACUCGUUACAAUUUCGCACCUUCGGGCAUCCGGAGUGUGAUUUGAAUGCUACCGCGUAUCCCCUGCUAGAGAGCACCGGCCACAUGCCGGGACAUAUCAAGGGCAAGUCAAGUUGGCAUAAGCAGCAGUUUUAUAAUACAGACGAAACUGCCUUACACAUGCCGAGCUCAACGAAAUCCAUCGCCGGCAAGUGGGACGAUGGGGCUUUGCGGCGGAUGGGCCAAAGAAAUUUCGGACCUAGCAACUACUCCGAAUCGGACAGCAGUAGUCCGGUCAACGAGUUCUCGAAUGCUCCCACCUUUCGAAUACCAUCGAAAACGCCGUGCCCAAACACACUGCAUCACGAGUCCAGCACGGAAUCCAUUAAGGAGUUGUCGCCGGUGCGUGACCACCGUGCAAACACGCCACGCCAUGUGCAGGCUGCAGGCUCGGCAAAAGGUCACUUCGGGCAUCAGCUACGGACGGCUAAGGACAAUCAUUGCCUAGAUAUGCAGCCAUCUUCAAGUACGCACAGAUACCACAAUAAGACCUACGUGACAGCGGCCGAGUUUAGCGAAACGGAAAGUGAUCGGGAGCGGGCACUAGAUCUCGAAGUGCAGCGUGCCAUGGAAAAGGCCAUACGGCAGGAUGAGUGCAAAUCGUCAACGAGAUAGAGUGCUGUUACUGCCAAGCGUUUUAGACACAUCUCUGUCCCUUUAUCUCUCCCCUUCACACGCGCAACCCUCCAACGAAACAGAUCCUGCAUUCCAUGCAAUAGUUAAAACACAUAAAUAUAUCGAUCGAUCCAUCGCUCUUUGAAGGCGCGAUCUCAAGCAUCCGGUACAGUUUCCCUUCCUAUCCAUCGUCAAGCAGUGUAAUGUCCUGUAGUGUAGUGCAAAACUUGUCGUUAUCGUAGCGCAGCAUUCACAUCGUGAGAUUUUUUAUAAAUUCAUUACAGUUAAAUAAACGAUAUUUGUUUACAUUUGAUGU